GCUUUCUCCUCUUAACUGUAAUUGUUUUUAAUUCAUCGGCAUUUUGAAGUGGGCCUCGUAAUUAGAAAUAUUUUUACAAUGUUUCAUUUUACUGUAUUGUUGUUAUCGUGGAACUAAAAGGAUGUCGACAAAACCAAAUAAUGGUCUAACGAUAUUUCUCUUCACUUGUUAGAUUCAAUUAUCAUAAAAAAUAAAUUUGAACUAUAUUAUUGGUAGUUCAUUUUGAAGUUUACCCCUCCUUAGAGUAGAUAAUAACGUUUGUUAAAAAAAAUGACAAAAAAUAGAUGAAACUUAUAACAGAAAUAGUCGGAGUUUAAAGACCCAACACACAAUUCUUUUGAAGGAAGCAAACUAAAAGGAAAAACAAAAUCUUACUAACAGGUUGAAGCAAAUUCAUUCCUCCAUAAAUCAUCCUCAGCACUCGCUACCUCACUGAAGAUGAUGCUGGCAACAACAGCUGCUUCUUCCUCUUCUUUGAAGGUUGGUUGUGGCAGCAGCAGCAGCAGACUCAGACUUAGAGGUAUGCUGCCUUGUCUUGUUCAAUCUUCUUCUUCGGUUGUUGUUUUCGUCAGUGAUUACUUGGCUUUGUUUCACUCUCGAGCUUCUAAAUCGACCGAAUCUAGAAACACCCAACAACACCGGUUUGUUAAAAUCACUAAUCUCGAGGAUGCUCUCAAUGUGUUCGACAAAAUGCUUCAAAGGCGUCCUCUGCCUGUCGUCGUCCAUCUCAACCAAAUCUUGACUCAAGUUGCCAAGUUGAAACAGUAUUCGGCAGUCAUCUCCUUGAAUAACCAGAUGGUUGUGUCCGGAAUUCGUCCUAAUGUUUAUACUCUAAACAUUCUCACGAAUUGCUUCUGCCAUUUACACCAAAUCGGGUUCAGUUUAUCUGUCUUGGGAAACUUCUUCAAAUUGGGUUUUGCACCAGAUGUCACUACCUACAGCACUCUAAUCAACGGCUUUCUUCUUGAGGAUAGAGAGGCUGAGGCAGCGGCACUUUUCAACAAAAUGAUGGAUGGAGGUAAUUGCAAGCCGAAUGUGGUUACUUUCAACACACUACUAAAGGGCCAUUGCUUGAAAGGUAACAACAUUGCAGCUAUCCAAUUGCUUAAGAAGAUGGAAGAAGGAGAUUGCAAGCCUGACGUAGUUGCCUAUAGCACAGUCAUUGACAGUCUUUGCAAGGAUGCUCUAGUUGUUGAUGCACUGAACCUCUUCUCAGAAAUGACAAGUAAGGGUAUUACCCCAAAUGUCAUUACCUAUACAUCUUUGAUUCACGGAGUCUGCAAAUUAGGAAAUUGGAAAGAAGCUACAAGAUUGUUGAAUGAAAUGGUGGAGAAACAUAUCUUUCCAAAUGUGCACACGUUCAGUGUCUUGGUUGAUACAUUCUGCAAAGAGGGGAUGGUCCAUGAAGCAAGGAAUGUGGUUGAAAUGAUGAUCCAAAGAGAUAUUGAACCUAAUAUGGUUACUUACAACUCGCUUAUGGAUGGUUAUUGUUUGCGAGGCGAAAUGGACGAGGCGAAAACAGUCUUUGAUCUAAUGCUUAGCCUAGGCUGCAUGGUUGAUGCUCGUAGUUAUGGCAUAUUGAUAAACGGCUAUUGUAAGCUUAAAAGGAUAGAUGAUGCCCGAAUGCUUUUCUUGGAAAUGUCUCAUAAGGGAGUUGUUCAAGAUCCAGUUACUUAUGGCACUCUUAUGGAUGGGUUUUGCAAGAUGGGGAGAACACAAGAUGCACAGAACUUGUUCUCUCAAAUGCAAGCUAGGGGCCAACUUCCAGAUGUUCAGAUUUAUAACAUUUUGCUGGAUGGCCUCUGUAAAAACCAACAAUUUUCCAAGGCAGUUGAAUUGUUGGAAGAGAUGGAGGAAAAGAAGUUGAAUUUUAACAUUGUAACUUAUAAUAUUCUUAUUGCAGGUUUGUGUAGAGCUGAAAAAGUUGAAUACGUAAGGGAUCUCUUUCUUAGUUUAUCAUCAAAGGGAAUUCAACCUAAUUCCACGACGUAUAAUACAAUGAUUAGUGGAUUUUGUAGUGGGGGGCUAGCAAGUGAAGCAGAAAACUUGCUUAGAGAAAUGGAAGAGAAAGGCUGUUCUCCAGAUGGUUGCACGUACAACACAAUUAUCCGGGGGUUUAUCAACGACAACGAGACAUCAAAGGCAUUGAGGCUUAUUCAAGAAAUGGUGGAGAGGGGUUUUUCUGCAGAUGCAUCAACUACGGAGUUGAUCGUUAAUUCACCCGCUUUGUUGGCAUUGAUACAAAGAUUGUGAUGAAAUUGAUUUGCAUCUUUUGCAGUUUUUGACAAGUUUCCGUGCAUCCUUCCCUUGAGUGCUGCAUUGGAGGGAGUUGUUCCACUGCUGGGUCCAGUUCAGGUAGCCCAUUCAUUCAUGCAUCGCUUAGUGACGAAUGAUAUGUGUUAUUAAUUUAAUCUAUCAAGUGAUAGAGCAACUUUUAUGUUAUUCUUCAAUGAUGAUGAAAUUGAUAUCUGUUGGAGAAGCAGAGUAUCUGGACUGAUAUGAAAUUCAUAGACAUAUUUAUGGCUC